GGGAGCAGCAGCAGCAGCAGCAGCGGAGGAGGAGGAGGAGAGGCAGGAGGAAGGGGAGGCGGGGGGAGCUCGGCCGGCGGCAGCAGCAACGGCAGCGGCCGGCGGCGCGCGAGGAGCCGGCGGCGCUCCAGAAGGAGCCGGCUGGCGGCCCGAUGUCCCGGCGCCGAGUCCCCCGGGUCCGGCAGGGAGAGUGCUUCUCCCCGAUGCUCUGCCACUGCAAGGUGGCCUGCAGCAGCAGCACCAUCUCCCUCAUGUUCGGCUGCAAGAAGUACCGGCACCACGAUGAGGACUCGUCCCAGGACCAGAGCCCCCCACCCCUCACGGAGGAGGGGGCCGGGCCAGAGCUGGUCCAGGUCGCCGAGAAGAACCUCAAUCAGAUCGAGAACGUCCACGGAUAUGUCACGCACGCCCACAUCUCACCUAUGAAGGUAGCGUCUCUGGAGUUCCUCCUGGACGGCUCCUCGUCGUUAGGACUCUUCCCCCCGGAGCUCCCCUCCCCCACGCCCUCCACCCUCUACCCCCACGGAGAGGACAGCCCCCUCCCCUCCUGCUCGUCCAACCCCUACCCCCCUAUACAGGCCAAUCCGCCGCCCGUGGUGGUCAACACCGACAGCCUGGACACGCCGCCAUACGUGAACGGGACGGAGGCUGAAUACGAGUACGAGGAAAUCACGCUGGAGAGGGGAAACUCUGGGCUGGGCUUCAGCAUCGCCGGAGGGACCGAUAACCCCCAUGGCGAAGACCCCAGCAUCUUCAUCACCAAAGUCAUCCCUGGAGGAGCAGCCGCUCAGGACGGACGGCUCAGGGUGAACGACGUCAUCCUGCGGGUGAACGAGGUGGACGUCCGGGACGUGACCCACAGCCGGGCCGUGGAGGCGCUGAAGGAGGCGGGGUCGGUGCGCCUCUACAUCCGGCGGAGGAAACCGCUGUCAGAGAAGGUGAUGGAGCUCAAGCUGGUGAAAGGACCCAAAGGUUUGGGCUUCAGCAGCGGCGGCGUCGGGAACCAGCACAUCCCCGGAGACAACAGCAUCUACGUCACAAUCAUCGAAGGCGGCGCCGCGCAGAAGGACGGCAGGCUGCAGAUCGGAGACAAGCUGCUGGCCGUGAACAGCCUCUGUCUGGAGGAGGUGACCCAUGAACACGCCGUCACUGCCUUGAAAAACACUCCUGAUGUUGUCUACUUGAAAGUGGCAAAACCCAACAGUGUCUUCAUCAACGACAGCUUCGCCCCGCCGGACCUCACCAACUCCUACACGCAGCACGUGGAGAACCAUAUCAGCCCCCCCAACUUCCUGGGCCAGAGCCUGCCCCCGCCGGCGUCGUCGGGGCGAUACUCGCCCACGCCGAAGGGCAUUCUGGGAGAAGAUGACGUCACACGGGAGCCGCGGAAGGUGGUUCUGCACCGCGGGGCGACGGGUCUGGGCUUCAACAUCGUGGGCGGCGAAGACGGCGAGGGCAUCUUCAUCUCCUUCAUCCUGGCCGGCGGUCCGGCAGACCUGAGCGGGGAGCUGAGGAAAGGAGACCGCCUGGUGUCGGUGAACGGCGUUGACCUCCGGAACGCCACGCACGAGCAGGCCGCCGCCGCCCUGAAGAACGCCGGCCAGACGGUGACCAUCGUCGCCCACUACAGGCCAGAAGAGUACAGCCGCUUCGAGGCCAAGAUCCACGACCUGCGGGAGCAGAUGAUGAACAGCAGCAUCAGCUCGGGCUCCGGGUCGCUGCGGACCAGUCAGAAGAGGUCUCUCUACGUCAGAGCUCUGUUUGAGUACGACAAGACGCGGGACUCGGGUCUGCCCAGCCAGGGCCUCAACUUCAAGUUCGGAGACAUCCUGCAUGUGGUGAACGCCUCGGACGACGAGUGGUGGCAGGCCCGGCACCUGACGCCUCAGGGGGAGCAGGAGGAGGUGGGAGUGAUCCCCAGCAAGAGGAGAGUGGAGAAGAAGGAGCGAGCGCGGUUAAAGACGGUGAAGUUCAACGCCAAGUCAAGAGACCGAGGGCAGUCCGUCAAUGACAAGCGUAAAAAGAACCUCUUUACCCGAAAGUUUCCUUUCUACAAGAGCAAAGAGCCGAGCGAGCAGGAGACCAGCGACGCCGACCAACAUGUGACGUCUAACGCCAGCGAUAGUGAAAGUAGCUACCGUGGGCAGGAUGAGUACGUUCUGUCGUACGAACCCGUCGUUCAGCAGGAAGUGAACUACACCCGACCCGUCAUCAUCCUGGGCCCGAUGAAGGACCGGAUCAACGACGACCUGAUCUCCGAAUUCCCGGAUAAAUUCGGCUCCUGCGUCCCGCAUACGACCCGGCCCAAACGGGACUACGAGGUGGACGGGCGGGACUACCACUUCGUGGCGUCGCGGGAGCAGAUGGAGAAGGACAUCCAGGAGCACCGCUUCAUCGAGGCGGGCCAGUACAACAACCACCUGUACGGAACCAGCGUGCAGUCCGUCCGCCAGGUGGCCGAGAAGGGGAAGCACUGCAUCCUGGACGUGUCCGGCAACGCCAUCAAGAGGCUGCAGCUGGCGCUGCUGCACCCCAUCGCCAUCUUCAUCAAACCCAAAUCCGUGGAGAACAUCAUGGAGAUGAACAAACGUUUGACGGACGAACAGGGAAGGAAAACAUUCGACCGCGCCGCCAAGCUGGAGCAGGAGUUCACCGAGCACUUCACAGCCGUUGUCCAGGGCGACACGCUGGAGGAGAUCUACGAUCAGGUGAAGCAGAUCAUCGAGGAUCAGUCGGGUCCGUUCAUCUGGGUUCUGUCCAAGGAGAAGCUAUGAGGCGCCGCCGC